AUGCCGGCGACUGGGGUGCCGCAGAGCGCCUGCUCCUCCGGCGACGGCAUGGGCGCGGGGCCGCAGACCCACCACGACAACUUUCCCUGUGAGGCGAGCGGCCGCGUGGGCGACGCAAUGACGCCGCGGCGCAGACCGAACAUCAUCUCUGCAAAGGUCGUGUUGGCGUGGAACAGCAGACGGUGCUCGAGGAGGGUCUGCAGCACCACCCAUAUCUCGUUCGUCCACGGCAGAACGCUCGCCACGAUGUUGCUCCUCUCCGCCAGUAGCAAGUGGGCGAACUGGAAGGCCUUCGACAUGGAUUUGUUAAUGGAGUUCACCAGGUCCACCUCCACGAACGUCGGGAGCGGCGAUGCAGUGUUGAUCUGUGACAGCAAGUUGCUCUCGAACAUGUCUCUUCCGGCGUGGUGA